UUUAAUAGUAGGGGCAAGUAGGGGCUAAUUUGGAAAUGUCGAUGAAGUGUCCGUAAACCGUGGUCCCAAAGCGUUAAUGCACUGUGUUUGUUAGUUUCGUCGUGCAUCUGAGAAUUUUAUUGACUGAGUGAAAGUAUUUGCGUGUAGUAUGCCGCAGUUUCAUAAAAUUGAAAUAAACAGAACCGAAUGGGAGGUUCCGGAACGAUAUCAAAUGCUAACUCCAGUGGGAUCAGGGGCUUACGGUCAAGUGUGUUCAGCAGUUGACACAACGACUGAGCAUAAAGUAGCAAUAAAAAAGUUAGCCAGACCAUUCCAAUCAGCUGUACAUGCAAAAAGAACAUAUAGAGAGCUUCGUAUGUUGAAACACAUGAAUCAUGAAAAUGUAAUUGGUCUAUUAGAUGUAUUUCAUCCAUCCUCUUCUCUGGAAGAUUUUCAACAAGUAUAUUUAGUUACACAUUUGAUGGGUGCAGAUCUCAAUAAUAUUGUAAGGACCCAAAAACUUUCGGAUGAUCAUGUACAGUUUCUUGUGUAUCAAAUCCUUCGUGGUCUUAAGUAUAUUCAUUCUGCGGGUAUAAUACACAGGGAUUUGAAACCAUCCAACAUAGCUGUGAAUGAAGAUUGUGAACUGAAGAUUUUAGAUUUUGGAUUAGCGAGGCCUACAGAGAAUGAAAUGACCGGAUAUGUCGCCACAAGAUGGUACAGAGCCCCAGAAAUCAUGCUCAAUUGGAUGCACUACAAUCAAACAGUUGACAUAUGGUCAGUUGGAUGUAUAAUGGCUGAACUGUUAACAGGGAGAACAUUAUUUCCUGGAACAGAUCAUAUACAUCAACUGAACUUAAUAAUGGAGAUAUUGGGUACUCCACGAGACGAGUUUAUGCAAAAAAUAUCAUCAGAAUCGGCAAGGAAUUACAUACAAAGCUUACCGCCUUUGAAGAAAAAGAACUUCAAAGACGUUUUUCGUGGCGCUAAUCCUUUAGCCAUAGAUCUACUUGAAUUGAUGUUGGAGUUAGAUGCAGAGAAACGAAUUACGGCAGAACAAGCUUUAGCUCAUCCAUAUCUUGCACAAUAUGCAGAUCCAACGGAUGAACCAGUAUCGCUUCCAUAUGAUCAGAGUUUCGAGGAUAUGGAUUUACCAGUUGAGAAGUGGAAAGAACUUGUAUAUCACGAAGUUAUAAACUUUGUACCACAACAACUACCCACAUUGUCUUCAACAAUUGAAUCCGCUUCAUAAAGCCAUGUCAGUAGCACAAAUAAUAUAGACAUAAGCACAGUAAGAUAAAAUUAACGAGAAAUAAUUACAAAAGAAAGUAUAUAUUGUUAUAUACAAAACUGUCAUUGUAUAUAAUGUUACAUAGUAACAUAGGUAAUCAUACAAGCCAAUGCAUACUAAAGGCAGAAUGUAUAUUUUUGUUAAUGACAUACGAUACAAGAAAGUCUAAUAUUUUUCACUUUACACACAGAGAUUGUUUUAAAAUGUAAAUCUACGAAUAUACAAUUCGUAUUCGUAUUCAUGGUUGUACAUGAACAUUUUAUUAUGUAUCCAUGAACUUCGCAAUGAAAUGAAAUGUUUUGAGGCUAUAAUUACGUCACCGUAGGCUUAAUAUGUUUUGAAUGAAUAUUUUUCAUUAAAUUAAAUGAAAC